AUCUGAUUUUUAGUUUACACGUGAUUCUACCUUCCAUCCCUUUUUGACAGUUUUUAAUUUAAUGGUCCUCUGUGUCAAUAAUUUGUUGCUGGCAUAAUUCUGUUAUGCAGUAAUAUUUUAAAUCUAUUGUUAAAAUCAAGCAAAUAAAAGAGGAGAAAGUUGAACUUUCACUAACGACUUUCUUCAUAUUAUUCAUAGAGAACCUGUUGCGUCAUUCAGUUCGGACUUUUUAUCGCACUUUUUAAAAGUAAUCAGGAUGCAACGACAGAAAAAGUUUUGAAAAUAUUAUUUCUUUUAUGGAAUUGUUUUUUAAGGAUUCAAAUGUGUUUUAUGAAACGAUACAACAAUUUAGUACAUGGUGAAUAAAUUGGAGAGGCUGUAAAGAGUCCUGUUCACUUCUGAAUAUUAGUUAAUAUUCCCAGCAACUUUAACAAAAUAAAAAUAAAUUCAGUUUAUGCAGGUUUAUGCAGCCAAGAACUUAAUUUUACUCUGCUAAUUAAAGUAAAAAUUGUAAAAGUGUGUGUCUGUGAUAGAUGAUCCUCUAUCUGAUGGUUAUCUGAAUAGAGCUUAAAUAGAGAUAACUUAUUCUCGUGAAAGCAUAUUUUGAUACAUAAGCUGCAUCGAUAUUUUUACAAGUCUUGGAAACAAUCUUAGUGAAAUUAAUUGAUAACCCAAUUUUGUAAAACAAUGUAAGUGUAUCACGUUCAUUCACAAAAUUUAAGUAAUGGCUAACAAGCCAUUACUUAAAUUCAAGCCAAGCUUUUAAAGCACGUAGUGAAUUAAAUAGUAUGCAUGUCGUGCAGCAAUUUUUGGUGGAGAAGAUAACUGGUCAACAUGAACUUGUAUCAAAGGGGAUAUGCCUUUUUCUCCCUUAUGAUCAUUAUGUCUGUCCUCCAAUAUGUACACUGCCAUCCCAAAAAGACAACUUCCGAAAAGACUGACCAACGAAACCUGCCCGUCUUGUAUCUGUCACAAAGCGAUGGGGACAAAUGCGUGGAAUUAAUUCCUGGAAAACCAACACAACCUUUUUCCGUUCGAUAUUCCAUUUUCAAGGAUUUCGAAUUAACCCUCAUAAGCGAUAAUCCUGUGGUAGUGAAAGCAAUUAGCAUCAACCCUGAGCAGUGCCUGCAAGCCCCACUGGACAUUCAAGAUUCGUCCUACUUUACAACAAAAAAGACUGCAAACGAUACGCAUUACUUCUAUCAAGAGAUACACGUGACAUUAGACCUUAACUCUGAUCACCUCUUCCUAGUGUGUCCAAGAGGAAAUGUUCGGACCACAAGGAUGGGCUACUUUGAAUAUUGUAUCCAUAUUUACUCUAAAUCAUGCCUGCAUAAGGACAUUAAUCGUUCUUCAAUGGUUUAUGAAUAUGAAAGCACAUCAGAAGAAGACGAGGUUGAUGAGAGAUGCAGCGGACAAAGAGAUCUAAAUGCCGUCGGAGAGGUAGUCGCAGAAUUCCUGGAUGACAAUGUAAUUAAAAACUUAACCCAGAAACUGGACGACUGUGUCGGAUUAAGAGACGCAAUUAAUGGUACUGGAAAGGAAAGAAAUGCAACGUUGCCAAUUCUAUACUACAAUUAUAGACAAGGCAUAGAGGAUUUUAUGUUUUACGCAAAUCAAGGAUAUACCAGAGUCAAUAGACUCCAGUAUGAAAAUACUGUUUCAAUCAUUUUGGAUGAAUCUGCAUUCAUCCUUAUGAAAAAGUGUGAUAACACUUCCACCACCCUUAACCAACCAUAUUGUUACAAAAAUUUUUCGCAACACUGGGGAAAGGAAACUUUCCCCUUGUCCAACAGUGGUGGAGGCUCGUUCGCUUUCACCAAUGGAGAAUACGGAUUUGUGGUGAGGCCGUAUUAUUUCAGGAAUGGAUCCUGGAAACCAGAAUUUGGUGAUGCAAAAAAAUCCGACAAUUCUGUUAGAGUCAUUGAAAACUCAAUACGACAGGAGGGAAACACUAUGACAUUUUGGUUAAAGCAUGACCCAUGGGUGUAUGGAUUGUAUUUCAACCCCAUAGCCAAAUGUAUAGGGGAACUUAAAGUCCAAGAUGUUAUAUCCAGCAAAGUCACCGAUCCCAUCAGCCACGAUGUCACUACAGAGACAAUCAUCCGAUUUGCCGGAGAUCGUGGCACUGGUGGGGUUCGCAUGGAGUGUGAACUUAUCGUCUACUCAUAUUUUGAGGAUGUGGUCACCAAAAGGGUGAUUUUUAAGAUGAAGCCAGUGCCCCAAGUAAAACUUGAGGGUUACGACGCCGAUUCUGACGGUGUCGUCUACAUUGAUUAUGUCAAGGGCCAAGAAUUCUCUCCCGUUACGGGGUCUGUUAUAGGCGAUUUGGAUGCCGAAGUAUUUUUGAGGAGGGAAGACGGGAACGACACGACGGUGGAAACGGUGGAUGGCAAAUUCCAACUGAACCUGACCGCACCCAUCACAUCAUUCAAUCUAUCCGCAGGUGGGGAUGGAGGACUUUCUAAUCUUGUCAUGGUUCGGUCUAGAGAAAGCACGGUUGAACUUGAGUCUCAGAUAGCUUGGCUAGGCUGGGGUUUAAUUGUGAUUGUGAUCGUAAUCAUGUUAAGUGGCCUCGUUUUAAUUUGGUAUUGUUGGAGUGAAGGAAUCACUCCGUGCAAAUUAUACCGAAAAGUGAGAUUUUACCUUUCCUAAAUCUCCUCAAGCAAUAAUUAAAUGUGAACACUUAAGUGUUCAUAUUGGGAACAACUAUGUCAGAGAUGUUAGAUCGACAAAUCACCAAAUACCUCAACUUACGUAAUGUUACUUUAAAGUUUUCCAAAAAUAAGGUCUCAUAUUCGUAUUUAUUUUUAUUUAAGGCAUUUAAAAUCGUGAGUUAAUCUAUCUUAGAAGUAAAUAGGUUGUAAAUAAAUAUAUUUGUGAAGCAAUUAGCGAUUUGAAAAAAAAAUUGCGAUUGUUAACAGGGAAAAAGAUGGGGUCGAAAACAAAUCCUAGUUCAGUUUGUGAUCAAUCAUUAUUGAAUAUUCAGUGAGUCAUUAUUUAGAAGAGUAUAAGGAUUUAGACAAUGUGGUGUAAAGUAUUGUUCUUCCCAAGAACUAUCAUUUCCUGGAGAGGAAAACAAUCGAAAAUAGAAAUAGGACUGACACAUUGUUAAAAAGAUGUAUGGAAGGAAGUAUGUAUGUAACUCUUGUCGAAGAAUUGCUGUUUAUUUUUCAGCGGAUGUACACUUUUCCAAAUGAGGAUCUGUAGUCCUUCCAAAGACUAAAAGAUAAUUAUUAAAUGUACAUAGGACGAAUUUGUUAUUUAUGAAAUCUCUCUCGAAUCUUAUUAUAUUUACUUAUCUAGAUAUGCAAAUCUGUAUUUUAGUAGACAUCUAGCAAAUUCCGAAAUCUCGCUUUUUCUUAAAUACUCGUUACUUCAAUGCAAUUGCCAGUAUUUCUAAGUAUCAGAAUUUGUUCUUGAAUGUGUCUCCCUUAGCAGUUUAAUUUAAUUAUAUUAAUUUUAUUAUGUAUAUAAGUGAGGAAUAGAGUUAUAUAAUAAUUUAUUAUUUGUGUGGAAGUGGUUGUACACUUUUUAAAAUUAUUAACUACAGUUUCUCACUAAAUAUAAUUUAUUAGGAAUUUGAUCUAACUAUGCUACAUUAUUAUUACCUCAUAAAACAUAAAAUAUUAAUGUUAUAGAAGUUCCGGUAAGAGUUAGAUAAUUGGUGGAGUUGUUAAGACUUGUAUCAAAAUGUCAAAUGAUACCACAAUAUAUAUGUUCUGACGUCGUUUCGAUUCCAGAAAAUGUGUACAAUGCACUUCGUGUAUCUGAUAUCUAGGACUAUCAAUAAGGUGUAUUUUCUUAAGAAUUAUAUAAACUUAUAUAAAUUUUCCCAUCUCUAAUUGUAUAUCUACUAUUAUUGCUGUAAAAUGAGCUUCCUCUUCAUAGGCUUUAAAUAGUCCGAACAUGUCGUAGCUAAACUUAGCGUUGUGAAAAAUAGUUUUAAAACUCUUGACACCAAAUAUUUAUGUUUUUUAUAUAAUUAUAUACAAUCAAUAAAAUGUGAUUUUCAACAUGCUCCGUCUAAACAAUGUUUUAUGAAUUGCUUUAAAUUGUGUCGUACAUUUAGCACGAUUUAAAGUAAGGAAGUAAAGUAAGUUUUAAAAAUUGUGAAAAUUCACAAGGUUCAACUUAUAUGAUAAUUUGGACAAAAUUAUUAGUUUACAAUCGAAAAUAUAUAUGUAUAUGCACUUUUAGAUCUAUAGCUUUCCUGCAUUUUAAGCAAAUAUCAAGUAUACAUAUAUUUAAAUUAUAUUUACUGAAGAGUGAUUAUCAUCACAAAUUCAUUUUUUACAUCAUUUCCUAUCACCUUCCCAAGAAUAAUGAGAUGUUUAGUUUUCGCAAAAAAUAAGUAUUUCAUAGAGUAAAUGAAAAUUUGCAAUUUUUUUCAUAUAUGUAGUACGCUUUUAUGUGCAUGUACAUAUGUAUGACUCAUGUGAUUCCUUUCCAGCAGAGAGGUGCAUGCAUGAAGAAUGAUUUCAUGUCGGGGCGUAUAUGUAUUUCUUUAUAACAAUUUCCCUUAAACCAUCUAGGUAAGUAAUUGAAAAUUGUAUUUUUAAUAGAAUGUGACAAACCAUGGGAUUUUUUUUGCGAAAUUGAAAUUAUAUUUGCAAUGUCACGCAAAAUCUGGAUUCUUCGUUCAUAAGAGUGCGAUUUCAUGCAAGUUGUUCAAACUUUCUGCAUCACAUUUUGCAGAUGUGUACGUCAGUGUUAUAGGACGGGAGUCAUGUCAAAAUUACUUAUUUCGGAUAAUAAUCUGAAAAUCGUAUUAAUUUCACUGGUUGUGAUGUUCUCAAAUUGCACACUAAAAACUGGAAUCAUUGAAUAAUUUUUUAUCCAUUAUUGUAUCAUGGUGGUUUUCUCAAAAGCAAACACGCCGGCAAGAAAAUUCUGGAAAUCAUAUUUCAACAUUUAAUUAAGAUAAGGCUGUAAAGUUGGUGUUAUUUAGUGUCUGGAGGGGAUAUCAAGGGCAAAAUAAGUUCAUCUAUUAUCGAUUAGUUGUCUCUUCACCGAUCAAGUAAGGAAAUAUAAUUGGGAAGAUUACGACAAGGAUAAAAGAACCAAAAUCCCCUUUAAGAAAAUGGGAAAUCUUGGACCGACAAUUAUCCUCAUGCUGUGUGGAAUUUUCAUUACUGUCGCCGCACAAAAAUAUUUUGCUGACAGUCAGGUCAAGACUUCCAUUGGUUUAGUGGGUGACCUCGACUAUGACCCGCUAGGACCGGGGCUCUCACAUCGAUUUCAUAUUCGGGACCGGAAAUUGAAACUACAUAAUGAGGACGAAAUACUGAAUUUUAUCUUAAAAUCGCCAGAUCCAAAAUUUCCCGUUAUCAUGGAAAUGACGAAUGAUAUGAAACAAUGUGCUCCUAUGAGGGACGGAUUUACGUGGAGUUCAUCGUAUGAUAAGACCACCGGAAUCUAUAAACAAGAACUUUGGGUUCCGGCUAAUCUGCAGAAACGCCAGGCUAUCUUUAUCUGCUCACAACGGGAUAUAUUUCAUGGACAUGGAGAUAAUGCAUUUGAAACUAUUGUCGAGCGGUGUGAAGUAGAUUUGGUCACUCCGUGUCACUUUGGGACUCAGAAUUGCGACCUGGGUGACACAAAAGCGGAAGGUUAUGUCGACGUGGUAGAACUAGAUAAGAAAAAUAUUCCGAGCCUCUUGCCUAAAAUAGAAGCGACCUGUUUCUGGGUCUGACAAGUAUGGUGUGUAGGAAAUUAUUGUGAUUAAGAGGAAAAUAUUGGAAUCAUUGAGACAGAAAAGUAGUCUAUGUAUACAUAUAUGUAGGUAUAUACAUAAUUAUUAGAUACGUAAGGCAGAAUAGGAUGGAUGAUAUUCCGAUUUUUUUAAUUGCAAUGAAAAAUAAUUCCGAAUUUCAAUUGAUGAUAGAUGUUGUUAAGAGGUUCUAUCUUUUUUUAUGAUUCCUUAAUAACUUUUACUCUUAGCAUAUAAAAUGAUAUAUAUUUGUAUGUAUACUUAUCCGGUGACCAGAUAACAAACAGUGGGUAAAUGAUAGAAAGAAACAAAAUUAUACUAUUUUGAAAUUACUAACUGAUUUGAAGACGGUGCCUUCUCUAAGUUGGCGAACAAUUUCUAGUGAUAUAUCUAAUUCAAAAGUCUGGAAACCCUUCACGAGAAAAAAUAAUAGCAUAAUAUUCGAAUAGUGAUAUACAUAAUAUGUAUGUAUUUUUUAAAGCAGCUUCUACUCCUAUAUACAAACAUAUGUAAGAAUUAUAGGAAAUGUUACCAGGUCGCUUUUAUAUCUUCAUAUUUAAAUAUAUAUUUAAUUAACAUACAUAUUUGGAAAACGGGGGAAACCUAUGCAAUGCAGUUUUUCACUUGCGGUAAGAAAAGUUUACUUUAACACCUAUUUACUGUACUUGUGCUAAUGUAAGUAUUACCAACGAAUUUCAUAAUUGAUUACAGAUUGAUUAUAUGUAAUCGGUAAACAAUCAAUUAAAUGAAUAUCAUCCACUAUAGGUUGGUAAUUUUAUUUAUAAUUUUGAAAUGACAUAAUUAUGCCUUGUUAAAGAAAGAAACUCAUCUUCUCAAACGUUAUCUAUUUAGUGAAACAGUGUAGCUUGCAUUAUGAAUUAUGUAUGUAUGUGCACAUGUAUCAAUAACUUAUUUGAAUAAGAGUCUGUUUAGGUAUUAUCCACUUAUUAGUUAUAUGUUGAGAUCUGAAGUGUUUACGAAAGAAAUAUUGUAUGCAAAUGUGAUUAUGUAGCACAUAAAUAGUAUGUCGUCGUUCUAAUUCUAAAUAGCCCUAAGUGCAGUCGAUGCUUAAUUUUAAAAAUUCCUAUCUACUUAUGGGAUAGUGGAAAUUUUUAACAUACACAAGAUCCAUCCUUCCAUUUAGAAUUACAACGACGAUGUACAGUAUUACAUACAUACAUUAUGUAUUAAAUGGUUAUGAUGAUAUACAUACAUAUCGUCGUACUAAUUCAUAAAAGACCUAUGUGCAGUCGAUGUUGAAUUAAGAAAAGACCUAAGUGCAGUCGACACUUAAUUAAGAAAAGACCUAUCUACUUAUGGGACAGUGGAAAUUUUUAACACGCACAAGAUGCAUCCUUCCCAUGUUAAAAAUUUCCACUGUCCCAUAAGUAGAUAGGUCUUUUCUUAAUUAAGUGUCGACUGCACUUAGGUCUUUUCUUAAUUCAACAUCGACUGCACAUAGGUCUUUUAUGAAUUAGUACGACGAUAUGUAACUAUUUUAUUAUGUGAAAACAUAUUGAAUACAUUCUCUCAGUGUAUUAGAAAUCUCAGUUCGUAUGAGGUUGCUAUUUGAACAAAACGUCCUAAAAUCUUCAGAAUUAUUUAAUUCCAACCGAAAUCAUUGUCAUUUACACGUGUAUGAAUUGUUAUCCCUUACCGAUAUAACAGAUUAAUUCGAAAGUCUAAAAUCUAAACUAAAUAUCAUAUAUUUAUUUCGCUUUUUGUAUCUCAAGUGCUCACAAAUAUUGAAUAUAUUCAUGCUUUACUUUAUUAAGCAGAGUAUCUAUCAGUUUUUGCAAUAAUUGUUAACCUCUGUUUAUACGUAAGAAGAAACAAUAGCAUUUCCGUUAAUAUUACCUGUUGUCUGUCAUUAAGGUUUCAAUUACAAAUGUAUGUCUCAACUUAUGCUACUUAGUUUUUAUGUAAAACGCUUUAGAACUAUUGUUUAAAUAUCAAUUGUUGUGAUUACGAUUGUAAAAUAAAUAAAUGUUAGUUAUUGAGGUAUAUAUGUGCA